UGAUGUGAUAUAUAAACCUGUUCCACAGAAUGGUUUACCAUUAGGGAUAGCAGGUGUCCGUGUGGUGAAUACACAGUGUUUUCUUAUUGUUAACAUCUAGUCUUCUUUACUUUUGGUGCUCUGUUGUAUAUUUCACACUGCAACCAUGAGAUGCUACAUUAGUUUUGUGUUGCUUGCAUGGAUGCUUUUACUUUUGUGUGAAUUUAACGCCGCACAGAAUCGGUUAAAAACACGAGGAAGACGACUGCGCCUACGCUACAUUCCCAUAUCGUCCUCAGCACUCAGAAGACUUAGACUUUACAGAAGACCAUCUGCUCCAAGACAAGCAGUGAGAUACAGAUCACGUGGUCGAUCGCCGUCUGUUAAUGUCAUACGGGCAAACUCAUCCCCCAAAAGGCAGGUUGCAAAAUCAACAAAAGUAAAAAAUAGCAAGAAAGUCACCAACAACCAUAUAAAGCAAACGAUUAUUCUGGCUAAAACAGCCAACAUAAUGUCACCUGUAGGCGGAAACCAGAACAACGGAGCAUCGUCCAUUAUAAACAAAGGAAAAGGAUCCGUGCAAAGCCGGGCACCACGACGAAGAUCUGGCUCCAAACGCCCUAGGCAACCAACCAAUGCUCAAAUCGGAAAAUCAGGCAUGCAACAAAACCUUCCCAUUGCCCCUAUUGCCGGUUUAGUAGGUCUAGGACAUGGACAGAAUGGCGGAAUAUUAGGACAAGGUCAUCCACAUAAUGGAGGAUUGGCAGUUCAAGGACAUGGUGGACAUUUCGGAGGUCACAUUGGAUCAAAUGGUUUACACGGCAUCGGAGGAAAUGGACAAGGGCAUGGUCAUCAUAUGGGUAAUGGGAUUUUAGGAGGAAAUGGUCUUGGUUCUGGCAUGAACAAUCUUGGAGGGAGUGGCUUAGGAGGAAAUGGUCUUGGUUCAGGCAUGAACAACCUUGGAGGUAAUGGCUUGGGAGGGAAUGGUCUUGGUUCAGGCAUGAACAACCUUGGAGGUAAUGGAUUAGGAGGAAAUGGUCUUGGUUCUGGCAUGAACAACCAUGGAAGAAAUGACUUAGGAGGAAAUGGUCUUGGUUCUGGCAUGAACAACCAUGCAGGAAAUGGUCUUGGUUCUGGCAUGAACAACCUUGGAGGAAAUGGCUUAGGAGGAAAUGGUCUUGGUUCUGGCAUGAACAAUCAUGGAGAAAAUAGAAAUGGAAAUUCUUUAGAUAAUGUACUCUUUGGUGCUAACGGAAAUGGAAAUAAUUUGCAUGGCUUAUCUAGUCUCGGUGGGGGAGGAACAGGAUUUGGGCAUAACAAUGGUCAUGGACAUGACAUUGGACAUGGUCAGCUACAUGCCCUCCCUCAAGGUGUUGACGCACUUACCUCCCUAGGAGGAAAUGGCGAUCAUGGUGCUGGAAAUCCUCAACAGGAUCUGAUUUCUCAGCUUAUUACAGCCAGCUCUAUGAACUCGUUGCUAGAUGGCUCGCUGCCGGUUGCAGCUGGAGCCGCUAGCCUUCUUAAUUCUGGACUUUCUUCCGGAAUGUCAUCCGACAUUUUAUUGGAGAGUUUAUUAGCAGGAAAUCAAAAUUUAAUGAACAGCGUUCCAAACCUUCCAGGUUUUAAUUCAGUAUCCACUAAACCACAUGCUUCAAACGCUUUUGAUUUUAACAGUUUAACAACGGCAUUGAAAGGUCAUUUUUCCAGUUUUUCUCCAUCUAUCGGAGUUACACCGGCAACAUUGCCACAAGAGCCGGUAGUAAUUAAAUCCAAUGGUGGACAGCUAAAUAUUGGCUUAAAAAAGGACCCAAGUACAGGCAAAUCAAAUAUAGUUAUCCAGACAGCCGCUGCAGCCAUAGCAAAAGAAAUGAUGAUGGAGGCCGAACACGGUGAGAUGGCCUGAGUUUAUCCAGUCCCACCGUGAGAUGGCCUGAGUUUACCCAGUCCCACUAAGAACGACCAAAGCCAAAAUUGUGUACCUUGGAAGAUGGAGGUGCAAUUUAGGCGUUGAAUGUGGCCCAGUGCUAUAGAAGAAAUUUCUACAAAUGGUUUGUCCACAAACGAGGAUUGAUUACAGGAAUGCAACACGAGUUUCCCUUUCCAGUUUCUUUUUAAAGUUGGUUUUCAUAGUUAACAAAAUUAAAUUUUAAUAAAAGACUGCAUUAUUAUCUUCCAUAGGAAAA